CACGAUCCCUCUUCCUCAUUCAGCAAGCAGCAUUCACGGACGCAAGACAUAUAAGACAAACAAGCCAACAUGGCCUCAAAAGCAGUCACGAAGGCCCUGCCGCAGGCCCUCAAAGAGGUGCGGCUGCACCUCUGCCAGUCCGGACCCAGGUCGGCCGGGUUGAGGCAAUACAUCCAAUCGAACUACAGCUUGCUUAAGUCCUCUAAUCCAGACCUUCCCAUCCUGAUCCGGGAAGCAAGCGGGACACCAGCGCGAGCAUUCGCGAGAUUCGAUCGAGGGGUCGAGAAGUCUGUCGAGCUCGAAGGGGCGAGCGCUUCGGAUGUCGAAAAGAAGCUGUCGGAUCUGCUAACAGGCAGCGCAUAAGAGAAACGCUUGUAGCACAUGUCUCAACGUAAACAUUGCGAGGAUCUGACAAG